AUGUUCUCCCACUUCCGAGUUGUUCCUCGUGUCGCUCGACGUUACGCGCUGCCAUGUCAUAGACCGCCGCUGCCGACGUGCAGCAGGCUGCGCUAUUACUCAGAUCUUUCCCCCGACCCAGAGCCAGAGCCAGUCGAAGAGGGCGCUCCUCUCGACCCGGAUAUUCUUCCUGCAGAGGAAGAGGCAGGACCGGCGGACCCGAGAUCGUUCCAGGAGUUCCUCGACACAGUAGCGGCGCCAUACAAGGAGGCGAAGCCCAGAAACUGGCUGGGUGGUGAUCCGUUUCCGUUAAACAAAUCCUUCAAGCCUCCCCCACCUAUCUCGGAUACUCAGCGCACCCGGAUGUAUGAUGAGUACAUGGCUGAUCCUAUCAAGAAUAGCGUUCGGGAGCUUGCCCAGAGGUAUCACCUUAGCAUAAAGCGUGUCGAUGCAAUUCUUCGUCUGAAGGGGAUGGAAGACCGUUGGCUAAAGGGCAAAGAGCUACAAACGGGAUUCCAAGCGGGCAUGGAGAAAAUACUUGGCACCAAAACCUUCGCUGAGAGUGUUGUUUCUGACAUACGGUAUGACGCUCGCGAAGCGGACUCUCUCGAGGAAGAGGAGAACCGCGAUGCCGCUCGUCAAAGAUAUCAGAGACUUUACUGGGAGUCCACACCCGAAGAUGGCAGAGAACCUAUCGUCCCCGCGUCUCUAGAGCAUGCGAAGAAGCUGGCCAAGAAGAUCACGAAGCAGGCUGAGCGCCAUAAAUCUGACCCGGAGUAUAUGCCUAUCAUCCACAACGAUAAACUGUUCGUGAAGACCAAGAAAGAGGUGAUCUCCCAACGUACUGGCAGCGCUCCGAUCAAAUUCUUGGACGUCGGAGGCAAGUUCAUCAACGUAGACGACCGUCUCCGCCGCAUCGCUGGGGCUGAGAGAAAAGCUCGGGAGAAAGAGCGACGAACGCUUGAGGCUGCCAAGUCUCUUCAGAAAGAGAACCCUCCACAUGCUUCAUAA